AUGAUUAUUCCUAUCGUUUUUGCUCUAUUUGCUGUCUGCAACUCCCAAAAACUUCUUGAUUUGAAGUCUUUCAAUGCUGCGGGAGACACUAAAAUCGAUGCAACUGGACCAUAUUCUAUCUAUGUCUCUGCCUCUUCUGAUGAUGAUGCUCUACUGAAACAAAUCUCCGUUAAGACUUCUGACAAUCAAGUCAAGACUUUGUUCGACUUGAAAAACAACAAAAUUAUGAUGAAUACUGGUCUAUUGCAACCAUUUGCUGUCACCACAAGUGCAGUUGUAUCCAGUACUUUAAGCCAAGAUCAGAUGAAUCAACUCAAGGGAUACCUCUAUGUCACUACUGCUCAACAACUUCAAAACACCAAAGGAUUCUUGGUGUUUGACGUUGGAGCAUCAGAAAAGAUUCAAAUCUCCGCCGGAAUCAUGCCUGAUGACGUCACCAUUGUCUUCCUGAACACAAACUACAAAAUCCAACCAUACCAGCCAUCUACCAUUAGCGCAUGGGUGCAAGCCGAGGGGUCCUCCGUUAAUAUUUAUGAAGGAAUUCCAACGGAUGUUGAUGAGAAGAAGGAUUCUCAGAUUUUCUCAAAUCCAGUGACUCUUUCCGGGGGAAACUCAAAAUUCUUCCCAACCGUCCAAAUUUUCUCCUUGAAUUUGGGAUCGUUCUACGUCAAAUCUCACAAAGGAGUCCAAUUCGUGAUUGAGUCAUCAUUCACUGACAUCGACAACUCGUUCACUACUGCCAAGACUACCACUGGUUUUUAUAUGAAACCAAUUGCCUCACCUGACAGAAAAGUCACUAUUCAUACUGGGCACGACAAUAAUUUUAAUGGAACAACUGGAGUGAAUGUGGUUGGAAAUGUUGCGACGAAUGCUAAUUUUGCUGUUACUGGACCUGGAAACUGGGCAGUCACUCCAUCUGCUACCAUCCAACCAUGGAGUGUUGCCACUAUUGCUGACACUUUGUCAUUCGAGACAGUAAAUAGUGUGGCUGGAGAAGUUUUUGUACAAUAUUAUUUGAUUGAAGGAGCCCAGAACAUUCCCACAACUACAUCGCUCCCUGGACGUUCAACAACUGCUCGUGGAGUUCAGACAACAACGAAAUCGACUGCAACUGUUCAAUUUUUGACAUCUAUGCUGAUUCCAGUUAUUGGAGCCAGACUCCUCUAA